AAACCCCAUUUUUUAUUGCUCGGCAACUUUUGUUUUCCAUAAGUUGUAAGCCUUCUCUUUCUUUGUAUAGCAAUGGCGACAACCUCAGCUACACUCUCCCCUGUCACACUUGCUGCUGCCACUGUUACCAGUCCCAGGAGGAGAACGAGCGUUAAUGUGAAUUACAUAUCAGGGCUGAAUGCUUUCGGUGGGCUAAAGGCUCACAACAAUGUGGUCUCACUAGGCCUGCCGGUUUGCACCGAGCAAUCUUUUGCAAAGGUUGUGAGCUCACUCAGAGCUCCAUCGAAGGAGAAAGGUGGUGGUGCCCUCUCUACAACCUGCAACGCAGUUGAUGAGAUUUUCAGGAUUGCAGCAAUCAUGAAUGGCCUUGUUCUCGUAGGGGUUGCUGUGGGCUGUCUCAUUUUGACUUGUAUGCUGGUAGAACUGGGUGAUCGCACCCUGCCGGCCGCUGCUUGGUCACCUUCAUUUUUUGGAAAGGACCAGCUGAUACAUAGAAAACUUGGGGCCUUGGCUGACGAGUAUGGACCUGCUUACUUGAUCCGCCUCGGAAUCCAUCGAACACUAGUUGUGAGUGGCUGGGAAGUUAUAAAAGAAUGCUUCACUACCAACGACAAGGUCUUUCCCACACGCCCAAGAACCUUAGCCGCGAAGCUUAUGGGCUAUGACCAUGCCUUGAUGGGUUCAGCUCCUUAUGGACCCUACUGGCGCCACACAAGGAAAAUUGCUACGGUUGAGCUCCUCUCUAAUCGUCGACUCGAGUUACUCAAGCAUGUCCGGGAAGCAGAAAUCAACUAUCUUCUUAAAGAGUUAUACGAGGAAUCUGUGAAAAGUGGGGGCGUUGCUGUGGUGCAAAUGAGGGAGAAGUUUUCGGACUUGGCAAUGAAUGUCAUAGUGAAGAUGAUGACUGGAAAAAGAUAUGGUGGCCCUGAUGGAAGAAAUGACGAGGAAUCCAAGCGAUGCCAGAAGGCCUUGAACGAAUUCUUUUACCUGGCGGGGUUAUUCACGGUUUCAGAUGCAGCUCCUGCUCUUGGCUGGAUUGAUGUUCUGACAGGAACCAUAAGCAAAUUCAAAAGGACAGCAAAGGAGUUGGAUUAUGUGCUUGGAAGCUGGGUGAACGAACAUCGCGAAAGGAGGCUCGCAGGGGAUACCAAAGGCGACAAAGACUUCAUCGAUGUCAUGCUGUCUAUCUUGGAUGAUGGCAAGACUUCAGCUAAAGAGGCAGAUAUUACUAUCAAGGCUACUUGUCAGAGUCUUCUCUUAGGUGGAAACGACACCACUGUGCUUACACUUACAUGGGCACUAUCCUCGCUAUUGAACAACCGCCAUGCGCUAAAGAAGGCUCAGGACGAACUUGAAACCCAGGUAGGAAGGGAUCGGCAAGUGGAGGAGUCAGACAUGAAAAACCUCCCAUACUUGCAUGCCAUUGUUAAGGAAGCAUUGAGAUUAUACCCAGCCGCGCCUCUCUCAGCACCACGAGAAGCCAUGGAGGACUGUACCGUAGCGGGUUUCCAUGUGCCAGCAGGCACUCGCCUUCUGGUCAACCUGUGGAAGAUGAUGCGAGACCCCAGUGUUUGGGAAAAGCCUUCAGAAUUUGUGCCCGAGCGGUUCCUUAACGAACAUGCCAAGUUUGAUGUGAGGGGUCAGGAUUUUGAGUUUACUCCAUUCGGUACUGGGAGAAGGAUGUGUCCAGGUGUCACUUUUGCGCUCCAAAUCCUGCACUUAACGUUGGCUCGGCUGAUUCAUGGAUUCGAAUUGGGGACGGUCUCAGAUAAACCAGUCGACAUGACUGAAAGCCCUGCACUAACUCUCGCUAAAGCUACACCAUUAGAGGUCACAGUUACCCCAAGGUUAUCUUCCAAUCUCUAUGCGUGUUGAUCAACGCUGGAGAGAGAAAUCAUUGCUUCCCGAGAUGCGGCAUGUUCACCCCAUUUUCUUCCAUACAUUUGAUCAAUAAGGAUGGCAUAUUAGUGCAAAAUACCCUUACUUUGGGUUAUGGAAACUAAUAAAUUAUGUUUGCUUCCGAUUA